GCCAGAGCCAUCAAGCCAGAGGCCAUAAUUUUGUGGGUCUCUGGUGUGAAAUGUCAGGUGCCGUAAGGCAGCUGGGGAUGAGGCGUGCAAGUCUCUAUGCCAACCUGAAGAUCGGGGGCCACCAAGAUUGCUGUCCAACUCCAGAGAAAGAGGUAACUGUUUUCCCUUUUGCACAAGGCAGCCUGAUUAAGCAGUGGAGCUCCAUGCAAAAUGUGACUGAUGGGAACCAGGAGAAGAGCAACGCUCCUCCGCAACAGAAUCGAUACUUCCUCAACAUCAAUGUUGGGGGCACGUCUUUUCGGAUUGCUUGCAAAGUGGCUGCUCGUUACCCCAUCACCAGAAUUGGGAAGCUGGCAGUUUACACAGACCCCAUGAAAAAACUGCAGCUCUGUGAUGACUACUCAGUGCAGAGGAAUGAAUACUACUUUGAUCGUGACCCCUUCGUUUUCUAUUACAUCUUCCAUUUUUACCAGAGUGGGGUCCUUUGGAUAAUGGAUGAGCUGUGCCCUGCAAACUUUGUGGAAGAAAUUGAAUACUGGGGCAUUCAUCUGCAAUACUCCCAGCGGUGCUGCCGGAUCCUAUUUGAGGAGAAACAGUCUGAGCUCAAAGACUAUCUGAAAGUACAGAGGGAGCUGGAGGCAGAGCUUGAGCCUGCAGACCGGGAGGAAGAAUUUGAGGGCAAGUGUCUGGGAGGGUUUCGGAAAGCUGUUUGGAACCUCAUUGAGAACCCUUAUUCUUCCAUCCCUGCCAAGAUCAUUGCCAUCAUGUCCAGCUUCUUUGUGCUGAUCUCCAUUGUGAGCAUGACACUCAGCACAGUGGAGGAGAUGCAACACAAAACCGGAAAGGCAUGUAUGGAGCAGCUGGAGGCCAUCUGUGCCAUCUUCUUCACUUCUGAGUAUCUCAUGAGGCUCAUAUCAACAUCCAGCUUUCAGAAGUUCUUGCGAGCUGCAUUUAAUGCUGUCGACAUGCUAGCCAUCCUGCCCUUCUACAUCCAGAUUCUCUUUGAAUAUUUAACUGAAGGGGAUAUUCUCUACCACGAGGAACUACACAGAAUGAAGAGUGUGAGCAAGCUGGGGAAAGUCCUCAAACUCAUCAAACUCCUGAGGAUCUUCCGCAUCCUCAAACUGGCUCGCCAUUCCACCGGCCUCCGGGCCUUUGGUUUCACCAUCCGCCAAUGCUAUCAACAGGUGUGCUGCCUCCUCCUCUUCAUUGCCAUGGGUGUUUUCACAUUCUCUGCUUUGAUGCACUCGGUGGAACAUGAUGUCCCAGGCACCAACUUCACCAGCAUCCCUGAUGCCUGGUGGUGGGCAGCGGUCAGCCUCUCCACAGUGGGCUAUGGAGACACCGUGCCCGACACAGUGUUGGGCAGGAUGGUGGCGUUUGGAUGCAUUUCCUUUGGCAUCAUUCUCAAUGGGAUGCCCAUUUCCAUUCUCUACAACAAGUUCUCUGAUUACUACGCCAAGCUGAAAGCCCAUGAGAAUGAGACUAGUCUCUCAGCCAAACUUGGCAAGAAAAUUUGCUUUAAGGAGAGAGCCAUGAAGAAAUUGGCCGAGUGCUGUCGUGCUGAUACCCACAUCCACCAUUGAAUAGCACAGCCACGCCACUGAAACUCAUUAAUCUGCCUGUCCAGGCAAUGUACCUUCCCUCCUCCAUGAAGUUGUGCCAUCUAGCACUUUUACCCAUACCUCCAGAGCCACGUGACCUGGUUAUUACCCAGCAGACCACACAGCCCUACCCAUCAGCCUGGCCACACAGGGACCAGCCUACUCGACUUCCCACUCACCAAGUCAUGAACCUAACUGUUCUACCCACCCACUUGGCCACACACCUGGCUCUUCGACCCCAGAAUGGGCACCCACUGACCAGACC